CGGCCGCUCCCCGAGCCCGCCGCCGAGCCUGCGGGAGGCCAUGGAGCGGCGCGGCCCCGUCCACGCGCUGCCCGAGGAGAUCCGCAAGAUGCCCCGGGAGCAGACAGUGUGCAAAUACUGCGGGGUCAGCUACCUGACGCUCCACGAGUUUAAGAUGAUGGAAGACAAAGUCAAAGCAAUGGAGAAGGAGAUUAAAGUUUAUAAAGGAAGCCUAGAACGGGAGCAGAGGCUUCAGGCAGAAUUGCAGGCGCUUCACCAAGACCUUGAGCGCUGUCGAGCUGAGAGCGAAUCCAAAACAGAAAGGAUAAAAACCUUGACAGUGGAACUUAAAACCAAGCAGGAGGAGAUGAAAACUGUGAAAGCUGAUUUGCAGUAUUUCCAGGAGGAGAAGGAAGCUGCCUACAAGCAGUCACAGGUGCUCAGAACUACCUUGGAUCACCACUGCUCCACUCUGAGCAAGGCUGUCUCGCUGUUCCCUCUCAUUAGGAGUGAAUUAGACAGUAUUAAAGAGGUCAUCUCCACCAACCUGGAGAACUUUGCUGCCAUGAAGGAGGAAAUUUUUCGGCAAAUAAAAGCCGUGAGCAAAGAAGCUCUGACAGAAAUACCCAAACUGAACCAAAGGUUGGCAAAAUCCCAGCGGGAGAACGAGUGUCUGCAGGAGAAAGUCAAACACCUCACCGAGGUGGCUGACACAGUUGAGCUGAAAACUCAGCAGCUCCAAACUUCCCUUCAGCAGGGGAACGAGCUCCAGAGCCGGUGCCGAGAGCUGCAGAAGGAAACUCUGGAUCUAACAAACCAGGUGGAGACAGCUGGCCUGAAGCUGCAGAAGGUGACAGCAGAGAUGGACCACUACAAGAAGCUGUUACUGGUGAAGUCAACAGAACUUGAUGUCUGUCAAAAUGAACUGAAGAAGAUCAAAUAUGAAAAUGGAAUUGCUGAGUCCAGACUUACAAAAGAGCUGAAGGAAAAGGAGGAAUCCCUUCUCAUUUGCCAACAAGUCUGCAAACAUUUACAGGAGGAAGUGGCUGAGAAAGAAAGGAAAGAAGAAGAUCUGAAAAGAAGAACUGGGAGAUCAGAGAGUGAGCUGGAAGCCCUUAAAGCUCUCCUGAGCCAAACGGAGCAGGAGGUGCUGAUGCUGAAGCAGGAAAGGGAGGUGCUGCUGGUGUCCCAGCAGAGCAGGACGGAGCAGCUGCAGCAGGCGCUGAGGCAGAAGGUGAGGAGCGAGGACUCCUGGAGGGACAAGGUGACUCUGGGGGCUCUGCCUGGGCGGGUUCAGUUUCACCCAGGGCACAGGAAAGCGGGGAAUGCUCUCCUCCAGUGCCACACCUGCUGGAGUCAUGGCAUCAUACACAGGCUGCUUUGGCAGCGGCUCCGCCAAAAAUUCUGUCAGGAACGCACAAACCUUGUUUGCCUUUGACCUCUGGGUCUGCUGGGGCCUCAGACUCCUAAACUCACAGGGAAGGGUUUGUUUUGGGGAGCAUCCUACUUCCAAAGGCACAUUUAAUGUUCCCGGAAGUUCGUGGAAUCACAGCAUCCCAGACUGGUUUGGGUCGGAGGGACCUUAAAUCCCACCCAGUGCCACCCGUGCCAUGGCAGGGACACCUCCCCCUGUGCCAGGGUGCCCCAAACCUGCCCAGCCUGGCCUGGGGCACUGCAGGGAUCCAGGGACAGCCACAGCCCGUCCAUAACAUCCUCUGUCCAAGGAGUUCUCCUGCCAGCCUCUCCCAGUGGGAUUUGGGAAGCUGUUUCCCAUAAACGACUGUCACCAUGUCGACCGUGUGUCCAUCUGCAGCUUUUCCCCCUGGGCACCCAAAAAAAUACCCCUGA